UUGUAUGGUUGUUGUGCACAUUUUCAGUAGGCGAAAUAACCAGCUAUUUGUCAACAUGUUGGCUUCCGCUGAUUUCCAGCUUCAGCUGGCGUCUAUUAUGGACAUUUUAGCGAAAGCGGCUGUGGCAGAAAUCUGUAAGCUUUUCGAUGAUGGAUCAGCGGCGUGGAAAAUGGAGAUAUAUAAACACCAGAAGGAGAACGAAGCGCUCAGGACGAAACUACAGCUGAUGGAGAACCAGCUGUGGACGUCACGGCAAUGCGAUCAGCACCAAGAGAGGUUGCAAGAAAGUUUCCAGUCAACAGCUACACAGGAGAGUUUGCCUGAAAUCAAGACUGAGAGUACUGAAGCAGACAUUUCAGCUGUGGAUUUAAAAGGUUCUGUGCAGUCCAGACCUCUGCAUAACACUGAGGAUCUGAUUACCAUCGAGUCUCAACACACUUUUGAGGACUGGAAACCACAUCCAACAUCAGUGCACCACCAUGUGCCAGAUCAGCGGACUAUGGAAGCUGCCUUAAAGGGCGACCCUGAAAGGAGGCCCUCCUUCCAGAGCCCUGAGCAGGGGGUACCAGAGCACCAGGGUGUCGGGGCUUCAAAGCGCACUGACUGUCGCCGUCAGGUGAGCAAACAAGAUGCCGAAGAUGAAGGAGCAUGUGCCCCAUGUUUCACUAAAGACUGUGCCGUCAUCGAAAUGGAGAAUCUGCCCUUUGACUCUGCACAUGAGAAAUACGGCCCCACAGAAUGGACAUCCACAGGAGAGCCUCUCACGGACGCUCCAGAAACACUUAUAAGAACUGCUUUCAAUGAGAAGCGAUUCACUUGCAUGUUUUGUGGGAAGAGUUUUCCAUAUUUAAGUUACCUCAAGAGGCAUCUUCGUAUUCAUACGGGGGAGAAACCAUACAGUUGUGUGCAGUGUGGGAAAAGGUUCUCUGAUGGAAGCAGCAGAAAGAAACACGAGAACACUCACACAGGAAAGAGACCCUUUCAUUGUCCUCAGUGUGGGAAACAUUUCACUAGGCGCUGUCACCUUAAACGUCACCAGAAAACUCAUGCUGGUGAGGUUUAAUGUGUCUGGACGUUUCAAGCAUUAAUCUCAGCUGUGUUUCUUUAAGAGGACAGGCCUCUGCAUGUAAAUUAUGGAGCAACUAGGUGAUUCACAACUAUUCAAGUCAGUGGUGUGGAACCGUCUUCAAUCAGGGGCUUUGUUCUGCAGGUUUUUGGGUUACCUUUGUGUUAUUCACUGAUGAACACCUGGUGGACAGAGACCCUACCAUUAUAACAACAACAAUCCAGUAUAGCCUGCGGAACUCACGAGACUAGGCAUGCCCACUGCUGAUUUGUAUAUUUAGCUGAUACCCUACUUGGCAACAUGACGUGAACGACAAGUACAUUUUCUUCUGCAUUACGUAACAUCUGGUUGAGAACUUUUUAAAUGAAAGGAAGUAAAGACUAUUAUUUCAAUCAUGCAUUACAAAAUGUUUCAGGAAGGUUCAGGUGUGAUAAUUUCUACAAAAGAAAGGUAAAUACAACUAUUCACCUUAAGUCCAUACGGACAAGCUGAAGGUCUUCAAAUGAUUGUCAUAUGACCAAAACAUCAAAGGAUGUCUUCAAAUAUGUGCCGUGAUGCACUUUUAAAUCAAGUCAUCUGUAUAGUUAACAGCUUUGUAAUAAUGAAUUAGGCUUGUCUGGAACAAAAAAAUAUACUAUAGAGGGUACCUUGGUAGUAUCAGAUCUCCCUGUUUUGAUUCAAAGCGUCAGACAUCACGAAACAAGUGGUUGCAAUAGAAACCACACAAAUAGCGAUGUUAAGCUUGAUACUGAAGCUUUGAAGACGUGAACCAUGCGACUCCUUUAUCUUUGGAGUGGCAUGGAAGCACACUUAUCCUGGGAAGUGGUGUCGGAACAAACGAGGAAACAAAUACUCUCUGAACUUUGGGAAGAUUUCAAAGUAAUAUCAACAAAUGAGGUAUAAGCCAAUAAAAAAUGCAUAUAUUAUGUG